CUUACAUUUUUGACGGACGUCGAAUACUGCAAGUUCUUCUCAUUGGUCGGGGGCCGAGCCUAACAGCGCCCCUUUUUCGAACAGCGAAACAGGAAGCAGAUAACCAAGAUCCCACAUAACUAGCUUCCAAAAUCUCCAGUGUCUACACUUGCUGCUCCUUCUUGCUCUUUCGAAUCCAUGAUUCCAACGAAAUCAGGCUCUGAGUUCCCAAUAGUGGAAACCAGAGACGGGGUGAAGCUUCAGGCCAGAGUCUACAGGCCCAGGGAGGACAUGGCCAACUUGGUCAUCGUCCUGGUGCAUCCGUAUACCGUGUUGGGGGGAGUCCAGGGACUCAUGAAGGGCAUCGCCGGUGGGUUGGCAAAUAGGGGCUACAAGGCGGUUACCUUUGACAUGAGAGGAGCCGGCAGAUCAACAGGGAGGGCCUCCCUCACCGGCUCAUCCGAAGUCAAUGAUACCGUGGAUGUCUGCAGAUGGGUACUGCAGAAUCUUGGUUCAGAUAGGAUCCUGCUUGUGGGUUCAUCUGCAGGUGCUGCUAUAGCAGGCUCUGCUGUUGAUCAGGUAGAGCGGGUCGUGGGUUAUGUCAGUUUAGGCUACCCAUUUGGACUGACAGCAUCCAUUCUGUUUGGAAGGCAUAACAAAGCAAUUUUGCAGUCCUCUAAGCCGAAACUAUUCGUGAUGGGAACAAGAGAUGGGUUUACAAGCGUAAAACAUUUAGAGAAUAAGCUCAAAAGUGCGGCCGGUCGAGUGGAGACGCAUCUGCUUGAAGGAGUCUCCCAUUUUCAGAUGGAGGGGCCAGACUUUGAUUCUCAGAUGGCUGAUUUGAUCGAUGGAUUUAUUGCAACUUUGUAACCAUCAACUUUGGCUAAAGCGGCAACAAAAAAAAAAACGACUUGUGUGAUUCUAUGUUACGGUGAAUUUCGAGAUUUCUAUUGUAUUUACUCGACAUGUGCAAAGCCGUUCUCAUGGUUCUAAACAGUUGCCCCAGAUCUUAGAUCUAGGGAUUGGAUCAAACCCACGAUUCUGUAAAAUAACAUUGUUGAACUGUUUUUGGAUCUAAGGUUCCUCUUAUCUACCAAAUUUGUUGUUUUUUA